CCAGAACCUGGGGUUGGUAUGGUUGCGAGAGGCUCACCAUUGGAGCAUGAUCAAAGCUGCGUCCACCAAGGCCACGGAGGCCACGCCGAUGCACUGCGCGCCGACUCGCUAUGGCGCCACGCUCCUGCCGAUGCAAAAGAGUGGUCGGCGGCUCCGCAGCUUUGUGUGGUACUGUGUCACGAGCCCGCUCCAGCCAUUUACGUGGCAGCUCGUCGUCUUCCAUGCGCUCCACGUGCUCCUCGCAAUCCUCUCGUGCCCGCUCGUGCUUGUCGGCACCGUCGCCAGCAUUGCCCUGGUACCGCUCUGCUGCUUGGGCCUUGUCGUUGCCAAGCUCCUCAUGCGCCUGGUGUCGUAUCUGACGCAACUCGAUGUCUACCUCCACAACUGCGCCACGCGACGAGGCAGCGACUGCCUUUUGCUUGAGGAAGACCGCGAUCCGUACUGUCGUGACCGCACCCGCUUGGCAACGGUCUCGCAAGCGUCGAUAUGCCUCGUCGGCUACUACCUGCUUCUCAAACCUCCACUUGCACUAGUCUGCAGUCUCGGCGCGCUGGGUGUUUUUGGCCUUUCUGUGGCAACGAUCGCCGCGCCAUUUGUCCAGAGCCUCCAAUUUGAAGGGGUCCUUCUCGUGGGCCCACCCGACGCAGGUACUCGACUCUCGAUGGUAAUGCUGGGUCUGCUACGGCUCUACGUCGCCGUCUUCCUUCUUCACGUCUCGGCCAGCUGCAUCAAUGCGACCACGAAGCUCGUCACGAGCCAGUACAUCGAUGCGACCUCUCUGGGCUUGGCCAAAGCUGACCUAGCGUCGCGAGGCCUGAUCCAAGGCCAGCAGACGAUGUUCUACAGCACAGUACUUUGAUAAGCGUUGCAUUUGGUUGUUGAAGUGGGUCGUUUCAACGUUGGUUUUGCUACGUGUACCGCGACAAGGCGUCCAGAUCGACGUACACAGUCUGUGAUUGCGCGCCAAAUAUGCUGAAUGUGUGC